AUGCCGACUCCGGAUGUCCUGGUCACAGGUGCAGCUGGUCAUCUAGGCUAUGCGCUAAUGCUGACAUUGCCGUCAUUGGGAUACACACCGCUCGGGAUCGACAUUCUUCCCUGCGGGGCAUCGAGCUUGGUCGGAUCCAUUGAAGACCGAACUUUUAUCACCAAGAUCUUUACCGACCACCCGACAAUCAAACAUGUGGUGCAUACUGCCACGUUGCACAAGCCACACGUCGGCUCUCAUACGAAAGAGGACUUCAUCAAAACAAACAUCACCGGCACACUGAUUCUGCUUGAAGAAGCAGCAAAUCUGGGACAACAGAUUGAAUCAUUCGUCUUCAUAAGCACCACCUCUGCCUUUGGCUCCGCCCUGAGUCCGAAAAGGGGAGAGCCUGCGGCAUGGAUCGAUGAGUCUGUCGUCCCGAAGCCCAAGAACAUCUACGGCGUGACGAAAAUCGCUGCCGAAAACAUGUGCUAUCUCAUCCACCGCCAGACGCAAUUGCCGGUAAUAGUCUUGCGGACUAGCCGAUUCUUUCCUGAGCAGGACGACGAUGAGGAUCGCAGGAAUUCGAUGGGUGACGAGAAUUUGAAGCUUUGCGAGCUUCUCUAUCGAAGAGUCGACAUUGCCGAUGUUGUCAAAUCAUGCUGCGACAAGCCCACUUCCGAGGACAAGUGA